GAACGGUGCCAGCGACUGUCGGCCAUGCAUCCCAACCACGAAGGCGCGAUGGGGAUGAACUACCACCAGCAGGGACCGAUGGACGCGGGUCUCAACUUCAAUCCUCUGGCGGCUCUGCAGUCUACGAACAUGUUUGCGCCGCAACAAAACGGAUUUCCGCCCUUAAUGAAUCCCUUUCCUCCGGCGCAUGGCCAGAAUAGCGGCCCUUCGAAUGGGCACUGGCCUCCUGCCCGUACAGAGUCUCCCAUGUCUAUGCAACAAUUCCCCCCUCACAUGCAACAGGCCCACUCCCGAAGUCAACAACAUCAACCACAUAUGCACCCGAAUGGGGCGCCAGGCUUGAAUGGCGCACACGGAGUUGGACCGAAUCCUUGGCUAUCUCAGUCCCAGGCACCCCCCGGCAUGAAUAUAGCAUCUCUGCUUCCCGUUAAUAAUAUCUUGACCGACGCAAUGAGGAUGAUGGUUCCGGUGGGAUCUUCCCCGGAUGACGAGAAGAUACUCAUAAGAGCAUUGCUGGACAGUUCGAGCAGGAACCAAACUUACCGGCAGGCUCUCGAUAGUCUCCACGGGGUCAACAAUCACGCCUCGAACCUUUGGAAAGACUACUAUCUCGAGCACAAACAUAGAAUUGACGACAUGAUAUUGCGUCGGCACUCGAAUUCAUCCCUACCGCCUGGUCCACCCAGGCAGAAUUCACAAUCCUCUGUCGGCGUUCCUCGCUUCCCGCCACCGCAGGUUCCUGCGGUAAAUAAUGCCACUGUAUCUCCUUCCGACCGUCGCCCCAUUCUCCCAUCUCCAUCAAGUGCGCCUCCGAAGCCGCCUCAGCUCAGAGCAUCCUCGUCACAAAGUGACGUUAAACCGGUAAUAAAAUCUGUUAAGAAGCCCACGUUCAGUCCUGCCCCUCCUUCUCGCAGAAUGUCUUCACAGCAGCGCGAGCGUGAGGGCUCCACUGUCUCCAGAGCCUCUUCUUCUCAGCGCAGGCGUAGCAGGACCAAGAAACCCGCUUCUACUUCGUCCUCGUCCAGUGCAUCGGUGGAGAAUAAGUCGUAUUCGUACACUUCAACUCGUUAUGUCUCGAGUUCUGCGAACCUGCCGAAUCUGUUCCCUAAUUACCAGGACAUCAAGGUUCCGGAACCGCCUUCUCGUUCUCCCUCGCCUCCGACAAACGUUAUCCCAGCGCCUGGCGGCAAGGGCAAUCGGUACACUCCUGAGGACAAGGCCUGGUUCCCAUUGAAGAUUGCUUGGGAGGUGAAACGUAACCCGCGAAUUACGAAGAAUGAGCUCCUGCAGAAGAUAGAAGAAAGGGCACCUCAUCAUAGCAUCCAAUCGUGGAGAGCUCACUGGCAUAACGAUCCGAUAGGUGACAAGAUACUCGCAACAGCUGCUGCGCAGCUCUCCAGUAGUGAGGGCGAAUCCGGCGACGAGGAUGCGGACGGUGAGGAUGACGACGAGGUUGCCGGAUCCGGGUCAGAAUUCGGAGCAAAUAAUUCCGGCAGUGACGACGAGGACGGAGAUAACUUGGAUGUGCCCACCGACGAAGACGUGAAGGAAAUGGGUGCUCCCGGCGAAUCCUACACGGACGCCGACAAGCGCGUCCUGGCUCGCUAUAUAGCGUCUUACGGCGAUACAUGGAAUAGCAUGACGCGGCAAGAGAAGUUCGGACCCUUCGUAGAGCGUCAUCCUGGGCGUAGCAUUGCCUCCUGGGCGGAGUAUUUCCGGCGGUCUGAGCGAGACGUGAUGCGCUGCGUGCGCAAGUAUCGCGAACGCAGUAAGAAGUCCCAAUCUGAGACCGCCACAGCAAAGCGUAGGGCGUCCGACAUGGAAGAUGGUGACGAUCAGCGUGGCGAUAAGCGAGCUCGUGAGGAUGCAGGGACUUGAUGAGCCUGCUGUGAGUGUUAGAUUGUUUGCUGGCCUGCAGCUCAUCGUUGUAGAUGAUGCCGGGAGAAAGGCCAGUACUGCUUGAGUGGCCGUUCUUUCUCUCACUUCUUGCGCUCUGUGGUAUUAUCGUGCUGUGAUAUGUUCUCGGUGUUCCAUUCUGUGGUAGUGUAUAUAUAUUGCUUUCUUGACCCCG